CUGCGUCCUCUGGCACCCAGGGCUGAGGAGAGGCAGGCGCGCGCGCGCGCGCGCGCGGCGGCAGCGGCGGCGGCGGCGACAGCUGGACUGGGACCGGGCAGCGGGAAGCUGACGUACGAAGCAACGUGAGUGAGGAGCGAGGGCGGCACCCGAGCCCGGGAAGCCCGGCUCGGCGCGAACCGUGGCGGACCAGACCCAGGUCCAGGCUUCCGAGGCCCCGCCUCUCGGAUUUUGGGACUAAUCGGAUUGAGAGCGCGCCGGCCUGGGCCGCGAACUCGCCAAUUGCGGAGGGCGUCGGCCACCGCCCAAUCCGAAGCAGACAGGUGCGAGGUCCGGAAGGCGGAGACCAAUCAGCAGCGGUUGCGGCCUGUUGGGGCCGGUCUCGGCCAAUGAGAAGGCCCGAGUGACAUCUUCGCGCGCCAAUCGGGAGUGAAGGAGCGUUCGUGCCCGCCCGCCCUUCCGGCCUGAGCUCUAUUUACCAGGGGCGUGCUGCCGGCUUGCCAAUCAGAGCGCAGCUGAGUGGCCAGGCAGCCAACCCGGGAGGAGCGGCCGGCCGGCGUCUGCCGCACCCAGGAGUUGGGGAUGUCCUACAAACCCAUCGCCCCCGCCCCCAGCAGCACCCCCGGCUCCAGCACCCCUGGGCCCGGCACCCCGGUCCCUACAGCCGGAAGUGUCCCAUCGCCGUCGGGCUCGGUGCCAGGAGCCGCUGCCCCUUUCAGACCACUGUUUAACGACUUUGGACCGCCCUCCAUGGGCUAUGUGCAGGCAAUGAAACCACCUGGCGCCCAGGGCUCCCAGAGCACUUACACCGACCUGCUGUCGGUCAUAGAGGAGAUGGGCAAAGAGAUCCGGCCCACCUAUGCUGGCAGCAAGAGCGCCAUGGAGCGCCUGAAGAGAGGCAUCAUCCAUGCCCGGGCCCUAGUCAGAGAGUGCCUGGCAGAGACAGAGCGGAACGCCCGCACGUAACAGGACUCGACUCCGCCUCAGCAUCUGGACCUUUCCUGGCCACUGCAGAGCACCUGCUUCUCCCUGGCCUUCACCCCGAGUUGCACUUCCCAUCCUGGGCUUCCUGUCCUGUGUCCUUUGGUGGGUGCCCUCCAGGAACCAGUGGGCGGCUCUCCAGUCGGCAGCACUAACUGGAAACCCCCUAAAGAGUUAGCAGCGAGGUCACUGUGAAUCCCACCCAUGACCUGCCAACAGUGCUGAUCCAACUGGAGCUUUCUCCUUUCUGUGGCCCCCACCACUCAGCACUUACCCAGGACUUCUCACCACUUUUCCCAGACCCCUUCUCCCCAGCAGGGCCUCAGAAGGCCUGUCGCCUCCCUGCCCUGUCUCCUGGGCCAUGGCGACUCUUUUCUCAGUGUGUCUUUUGCUAAAUAUGCCCUUUUUGUACAAAUAAAAGAUAAUUUGGA